AUGGCGGGUUUAACUGUGCGGGACCCUGCGGUGGAUCGUUCGCUACGCUCUGUGUUCGUGGGGAACAUUCCUUAUGAAGCUACUGAAGAGCAAUUAAAGGAUAUCUUUUCUGAGGUUGGACCUGUUGUUAGUUUCAGAUUGGUGUAUGACAGAGAAACAGGAAAACCAAAGGGUUAUGGCUUCUGUGAAUACCAAGACCAGGAGACGGCUCUUAGUGCCAUGCGGAACCUGAAUGGACGUGAGUUCAGUGGUAGAGCACUUCGAGUGGAUAAUGCUGCUAGUGAGAAGAACAAAGAAGAGCUGAAGAGCCUUGGCACUGGUGCCCCUGUCAUUGAGUCACCUUAUGGCGAGACCAUCAGUCCUGAGGAUGCCCCUGAGUCCAUUAGCAAAGCAGUUGCCAGUCUUCCACCAGAACAGAUGUUUGAGCUGAUGAAACAAAUGAAGCUUUGUGUCCAGAAUAGUCCCCAGGAAGCACGGAACAUGUUGCUUCAGAACCCUCAAUUGGCUUAUGCCUUGCUGCAAGCUCAGGUGGUGAUGCGAAUUGUGGAUCCGGAGAUUGCCCUGAAAAUUCUGCAUCGUCAGACAAAUAUCCCAACACUGAUUGCAGGCAACCCUCAGGUAGUCCAUGGAGCUGGGCCUGGCCCUGGAUCCAAUGUGUCAAUGAACCAGCAAACUCCUCAGGCUCCUCAGGCCCAAUCUUUGGGUGGAAUGCAUGUCAAUGGCGCACCUCCUAUGAUGCAAGCUUCUAUGCAGGGUGGAGUUCCAGCACCAGGGCAAAUACCAACUGCUGUAACAGGACCUGGCCCUGGUUCGUUACCUCCUGGAGGGGGAAUGCAGGCCCAAGUUGGAAUGCCAGGAAGUGGAGCAGUGGCCUUGGAGCGGGGACAAGUGCCGAUGCAAGAUCCCAGAGCAGCUAUGCAGCGAGGACCCUUGCCUGCCAAUGUUCCAACUCCUCGAGGCUUGUUAGGAGAUGCCCCAAAUGACCCACGUGGAGGCACUUUACUUACUGUAACUGGAGAGGUUGAGCCUAGAGGUUACAUGGGACCACCCCAUCAGGGUCCACCAAUGCACCAUGUCCCUGGCCAUGACAACCGUGGCCCACCACCACAUGAGAUGAGGGGAGGGCCAUUAACAGAACCCAGACCUUUAAUGGCAGAACCAAGAGGACCCAUUAUGGAUCAGAGGGGUCCAUCCUUAGAUGGCAGAGGUGGAAGAGAUCCCCGAGGAAUGGAUGCACGAGGGAUGGAGGCCCGAGCCAUGGAGGCAAGAGGAAUGGAAGCCCGUGCAAUGGAGGCACGUGCAAUGGAGGCACGUGCAAUGGAGGCCCGUGCCAUGGAAGUCAGAGGAAUGGAAGCCAGAGGCUUGGAUACAAGAGGCCCAGUCCCUGGCCCUAGAGGCCCUAUGCCUGGUGGAAUCCAGGGUCCAGGGCCAAUUAACAUGGGGGCUGUUGGUCCCCAGGGGUCUAGACAGGUAUGUAUUAUGCAAGGAGCAAGCAUGCAAGGAGCAAGCAUGCAGAGUGGAAGUCAGCCUGGUGGCUUUAGUCCUGGGCAGAACCAAGUCACUCCACAGGAUCAUGAGAAGGCUGCUUUGAUCAUGCAAGUUCUUCAACUGACUGCAGACCAGAUUGCCAUGCUGCCUCCUGAACAAAGGCAGAGUAUCCUGAUCUUAAAAGAACAAAUACAGAAAUCCACUGGAGCGCCUUGA